AUGAAGCUCCUCUACCCGACGUCGCUGCACCUGAACGUGCAAGACCUCGAGGGCUUCUCCGUGUCCCUGCACGCCUACGACGUCAAGAAGGAGAUCCCGCAGGAGCACCUGGACGCCUCGGUGCUGGUGACAUGGUGCAACACGGCGGACAACCUCCAACACGCGGCGCGGCACAUGUCGUCGCUGAAAUGGAUCCAGUCUCUGGCGGCGGGGCCCAACGACGUGCUCGCGGCGGGCUUUGACCCGUCCAAGGUGACCAUCACGACGGGGUCCGGCUUGCACGACCGCACCGUGGCCGAACACACGCUGGGCCUGCUGCUGGUCGCGGCGCGCAAGUUCCACGAGAUGCGCGACUACCAGAUGCGCAGCCCGCCCGAGUGGCCGCAGCACCUGGGCGGGCCGCAACCGGAUCGGCCCCGGGGCGCGUUCACGACGCUGCGCGACGCCAACGUGCUUGUCUGGGGGUUCGGCAACAUCGCAAAGACCCUGACGCCCAUGCUGCGCCUGCUGGGCGCCAACGUGCGCGGCGUGGCCCGCAAGGCCGGCGUGCGCGACGGCGUCGAGGUGUAUGCUGAAGAAAGCCUAUCGACGCUACUACCCGAGACGGAUGCGCUGGUGAUGAUCCUCCCGGGGAGCGCGAGCACGAAACACGCCCUCAACGCCGACCGCCUCUCCCAACUGCCCAACCACGCGUGGAUCGUCAACGUCGGCCGCGGCACCUCGGUCGACGAGGACGCCCUGUUCCACGCGCUCUCCGACAAGACUAUCGGCGGCGCCUGCCUCGAUGUCUUCCAGACCGAACCCCUCCCUCAAGACAGUAAACUCUGGCACGCUCCCCAUUGCGUCGUCAGCCCCCAUGCCGCGGGCGGCAGGCCCCAGGACGCAGAGAAGUUGAUCGCCGCCAAUCUGAGGCGGUUUCUGGCCGGCCAGGAGUUGCAGAAUGUCAUCUAA